CACACAAAAAAAGAAAGUAAAAAAGAAAACCCUAGAGGAGAAGAAGCCAAAAAAAAGAAGCCAAAAAAAAGGCUCCAAAGAUGGGUUUCAAAAGCUCUUCUCUUCUAUGCCUAGCUCUUUUGCUUGCAUGCUCUUCGGCUAUUCAUGCCUUUGACAUCACACAACUGCUAGGCCAAUAUCCAGAGUUUUCCACAUUCAACAAAUACCUAACGGAAACCAAGCUCGCAGACGAAAUCAACAGCCGCAACACCAUCACUGUCCUCGCCGUUGAAGACUCAGCCAUGAAUUCCAUUGCUGCCAAGUCCCCAGAAGCCAUUAAGGCCAUCAUUAGCACCCAUGUCAUCCUUGACUUCUUUGAUGAGAAGAAGCUCAUGGAAGCUCAAGCUAAUAGCCAACAGUUGACAACCCUAUUCCAGGCCUCAGGCAUUGCAGUGAACCAACAAGGCUUCCUCAAGGUUGCACUCGUCGGCGAAGGCGAGAUCGCCUUCGGCUCGGCCGUGAGUGGCGCCCCAGUCGACGCCACCGAGCUCAUGAGGACCGUCACCAGCGAGCCCUACAACAUCUCCAUUCUCCAAGUCACCAAACCCAUCCUAGUCCCAGGUGUUGAUUCACAAACCCCAGCCUCAUCAUCUGGUGCACAAUCCUCACAAGGAGCCAAUGCUCCCGUUGCUGCACAGGGUGCCAAAGCUCCUAUGUCAUCAUUACAAGGUGCCAAGGCACCCAUUCCGACACCGGUUGCAAAGUCACCUGUGCCAGCACAGAGUGCCAAGGCACCAGUUCCUUCGAAGACUGCGGCCGCAUCUCCACCUACUGGUGAAAGCGUUGCCGAGUCUCCGGAGGUUGCUGCUGAAGCCCCAGCAACGAGCCCAACUGGAGCUGAGGCUCCAGGUCCCAUGGCUGAUGAUGUUACUCCUGCUGAUGUUCCUAGCAGUGCUUCAACCACAAAGAUGGGUUUGGUUGGCGCAGUGAUGGCCUUUGCUUCCCUCUUCAUUGUUCUAUAAAGUGAUUCGCAGAUCAAACAUUGAGAUGUAUUCAUUUUAAUACUCUUGUAGAAGAAGAGAAGGAAGAAAAGGAGGACGAAACAAAAGAAUGCUGGAAGAGAAAGUGUAGUGUUUGUGGCUAUUGAAAUAUUUGUCGAUGGCAAUGUUCUCGUGUCUAAGUGAUUGCGAAAUAAAUAAAUGAAAAACAAUUAAUAUGUUCAUGUUGUAAAAAA